UGUGAUCAACCAUCGAUGACGAAGACGAUUAUGGCUUUGAGAUUUGUGCAAGCGGUCCAGAUUGUCCCACAGAACCGGUCUCACUCUACCUGUCGCUUCUUGGUUCCCAUCUAUUGCUGCAGGACGAACAGAGCUGCUUACCCCAAUUCUUUCUUUCUGCUUCUUCUCUGGGAGAUCGAGAUCGAGAUCGAGAUCGAGGCCAUGGAUCCCAACCCCAAGUCCUUCCCCAUCCUAUCCUACGUGAUGUCCCGCCUCCCUCGGAUCGCCUCCUUCAAGGCCGGCCAAACCCACAUCGGCGACCACGACAUCGAGCAGCCGCCCCACGUCGGCGUCGAUGUCGAGCUGGUGGGACGGAUGCCCCGCCUCCAGCACCCGGCGCUCCUCGCCUCCAUGGCCGAAGUCAUCGCUGACGUGGCCCAGACCCGCGCCGUCCUCGGCGUCCUCGGCGACCGCCCCGACCACGAGGCCGUCGACGCCGCCCGCGCCCGCAUCGCCGAGAUCGACGCUGACCUCUCCCAGCAGCUCGGGGAGAUCGUCACCGCCUCGUGCCCCGAGGGGACCGAUCCGCUCCAGUGCCGAGCUAGGGCCGAGCGCGAGAAGGUCGCCCUGCGCGCCGUGGUCCAGCUUGACGAGAUGCACGAGUCGUACGAGAGGUUUCUGAGGGACGCGGAGGAGAGGCUGAUCAAGAUGUAUGGUUCUGCCGCCGAGGGCAGCGAGGCUGUCGGUGUAAGGGAGGGUCCUGCCGUGGUACAGGAGGAGGGGGAGGGAAUGAAUGAGGAGGUUAUCCGAAUUCUGCAAGAAGGAUCAGGAAAUUGCUUGGAGAGAGUGGACCUCUCUGGCCGACAGCUACGGUAUCUUCCCGAGGCAUUUGGCAAGCUGCGAGGCUUGGUCUCCCUCAACUUGUCCAACAACCAGUUAGAGGCUAUUCCAGAUGCCAUAUCAGGGUUAGAAUGCCUAGAGGAACUUCGACUUUCUUCCAAUAGUUUCCUUUCAUUGCCUGAUUCCAUUGGGCUGUUAAUGAAUUUAAAGAUCCUUGAUGUAUCUGGUAACAAGCUCAAGUCACUACCAGAUAGCAUCUCAAAAUGCAGGUCACUGGUGGAGUUUGAUGCAAGCUACAAUGAACUAACUUACCUGCCAACAAAUAUUGGAUUUGAGCUGCAGAAUCUGGAAAAACUUUGGAUCCAUCUCAAUAAGAUACGAUCUCUUCCCACAUCAGUCUGUGAGAUGAGAUCUUUGCGGCUUUUGGAUGCCCACUUCAAUGAACUUCGAGGUUUACCAUAUGCCAUCGGUAAACUCACAAAUCUCGAGAUUUUGAAUCUUAGCAGCAACUUCAGCGAUCUACAAGAGCUUCCUGCAACAUUUGGCGACCUGAUCAGUCUUAGGGAACUGGAUCUUAGUAACAAUCAGAUACAUGUACUGCCGGACACAUUUGGUCGGCUAGACAAGUUGACAAAACUCAAUUUGGAUCAGAACCCACUGGUUAUUCCCCCAUCGGAAGUGGUAACUCAAGGAGUUGAAGCAGUUAAAGACUACAUGGCAAAAAGAUGGCUUGACAUCUUGUUAGAGGAAGAGAGAAAGAGUAUGGCUGAAGAAACCUCACCAGCUCAGGUUGGUUGGUUGACGCGCAGCACGUCAUGGCUAACCAACUGGGUUUCUGGAGUUUCUGGAGGUGUUGCAGAGCACCUUGGUGCUGGACAAAAGCCUUCUAGAGAUCCCUAUCUUGAUCAGCAGCUGUGAUUAGAUUCUCAUGACCACGCUAUGUUUAGGACUUCCUAUUUUGUACAGUUACUGGGCACCGAACAUCCAUCUCAUUUUAGUAUGUGUGACGUUUCUCUUCUUUUGCAGCAGUUUGUUUGUGCGCUGGUGUCAGUUUGUUUCCAGCAUGAUUCCAAGUUCUCUGAUAAGUGGAAGGAAAUGACAGUAAACUAUCCACACCCAGUUUGUGUCCAAAGCUCACAUUGUUUCUCUCUCUAGUGCCUUCACUUUCCAGUGUUCUUGUUUAGGACUUGAGUACCAAUUAGACUAAUACUUAUUGACUGGUAUUAUCAGAUGGAAUAAAUUUUGGUUUCAGAACA